AUGCCACUACAUACGGUCGCACUAGGCGCGGUCUUGACUCCGACGGUUCUUCACACUCUCGUCAGUCAUUACUUGAAUCGCAAAUCGUUACACAACAAACCUACCGUGCAUAUCACCUAUGACGAAGGUAUCCAGAUUGUCCGCUCAUUCUUGCAAUAUGCUUCCAAGCACCCCGUCGAAGACCUCCAGGCAUUUACUCGUCAAUGGGUGCCCAGCCCCCACUGGGUGAGAACCGAGUCGAUCACAAUCCCAGCCGAAAUUGUGUCGUCUGCCGCAGAGGCAGUUACCAAGCAGCUUGGUCCGAAGGGCAUCAUAAGAAUUGGAGGAGAGAAAUGGUGGCAAUGGCGCGGGCCAGCAGAGGACUUGAAGGGGGAGUGGAUCGAGAUGCGAAAUCAUUAUAACGAGACCAAAAAGGCCAACAAGCGCUGUAAUCGUGUGAUGUUGUAUGUUCAUGGUGGAGCUUACUUCUUCGGAAGCGUGGACACUCAUCGGUACAUGAUGCAACGGCAUGCGCGAAAAUUGAAGGCUCGGGUGUUUGCGCCGGAAUACCGACUAUCACCGCAAUUCCCUUUCCCGUGUGGCCUGCACGACUGCUUGGCAGCAUACCUCUGGCUCUUGAAAUCCUAUGAACCCAAGGAGAUAAUCAUUGCCGGUGACUCUGCGGGUGGAGGCUUGGCUCUCUCGAUGCUGGUCAUCAUGCGAGACCAAAGGAUACCUUUGCCUGCAGGUGCCAUUCUUAUAUCUCCCUGGGUUGACUUGACACAUUCCUUCCCUAGCAUUGUCGCCGACAACCCAGGAGAUUAUAUUCCUCCUUACGGGUUCCGUCACAAGCCUUCGACCGCUUGGCCUCCCCCUAAUGCAGAUGAUGUUCUGAAGAUGAAGAGGAUGUCGCGGCAGGAAAAGGUCACCCAUGAAGAUGUGAACAAUGCAAUUCCUGCACCAAACAGUGCCGCCGAAGAAACUGCUGUCCGUGGCUAUACUGUCCACGAGAACACCCCUCCUCCAGCUGAGCCUGCAUACCCUGGCCAGCAACAAACCCCAAACCCCGGCACAUUGCAUGGCGAACCUGACAAUAUCCAUGUCGUUUUGGAUGGGAAGACUGUUGAGCUGAAAGAUCAAAUUCAAAUGUAUACGACGAACCAACUCAUGUCCCACCCUCUGGUUUCUCCGGUUCUACAGCCAUCUCUUGGUGGUCUUCCCCCACUUCAAAUACUGAGCGGUGGUGGGGAGAUGCUUCGCGAUGAGCAGUUCUACAUCGCACACAAGGCUGCAAACCCAUCAGCAUACCCACCCGCUGAUGUGUAUCUUGACGAGCACGAUCCAACCCGGGAGACCUUGAGAAAAUACAAGCCAACAUAUGUGCAACUCCAGGUCUGGGACCACUUAUGCCAUGUGGCACCUACGUUGAGCUUCACCCAACCGGCUAAGUAUAUGUUCCGUUCAAUCGCCCAGUUUGGAUCUUGGGCGCUGGCUCGUGCGCAAAACGGCCAGAUCGAGAUUGAAGAUGAUAUUGCGUUAUCUCCGGUCUCAUCAAGUAGCUCCGAGGGCGAUCAAUCGUUGGGGGCCCAGUCUGCAUUGAACAAGUCAGCGGCAGGGCCAGGCCCUGAGUCUGUUGGUAGGGCCGGUGACCCCCUUCCCGCGUUCCAAGACCAUAUGAUACGUCAACGGAUUGACAAACAUGGCCAAGCCUUCCCCCUUGACCCCCCAUCAUCAUACCCUGUUCUGGAUAUUCCAGUUUCGCAAGUUGGUGCGAUUAACCCUGAGCUCAUCCGCAAGUGGCUGGAAGCAAAGCAGGAAUGGGACAUCCGAUUCUCGAAAGAAAAGCUUCGUGUUCAGAGCCGGCGGAUGAAAGAGCUUGCUCAUGGCUUCCAGGACUUUGAUGGGGAGAUUCCUCCCCCGAGCUCGCUAGCUGCCCGUCGCUCCGCUCCUGGCGUGCUCCCCAAACCUCGUGCCAAAAAGAAUUAUGGCUUGAUGAUGUGGAGCGGUUGGGGAAGCAAGCAUGACGAGCGCGAAAUGGAAAGACAGUCGAAUUCACAACAGUCGGGUCGGCAAUCCACUCGUGCUAGCGUCGAUGCUAGCCAGGCUGGGGCGUGGUCUAGCACGCCAGCCCUGAACACGCAAAAUGAAACAGGAGAGAAAAAUCCCGGCAAGGCCAACUCACAUACAGGUCCUUCCACCAUUACUUGGAAUGAAAAGGAACAUCCCAACGCGGCUGAUUCUUCCGAUGGGCGCACAUCUCCAGAGGCGCCCUCGCGAGUAUCGGAGCAAGCCAACCCCGGUCCCAUUCUCAUUCUACCUGAAGUAAACAACCACAAACUCAAAGACGACAAUGCCAGCACAAGGGCUCUAUUCCAUGCCGCUGGAUCUCUACCUAUGAAGUCCGACGUAUCCCUAGCCCAAAGCAGAUAUACCAGGCCAUCAUCAGCCGCAGGCUCGUUCACGGGCCGAAGCGAACUUGUGUCCGACACUGCCAGCACAGUUGGGGGUGACAAGGACUCUGUUGCCUACCUGAACAUGGCAUCUGACACAGCUAGUACCCGUGCUGUUAUGGGGGCGAGAGGAAUUUCAGCCCAAAUCAUGGCUGGCGAGAACGGUCGUCGCUCUACAGACACUCUUUCUGUUCUUUCUAUCGCUGGUCGUGAUUCAACAUCGCAUCGCCCCGAAAUGCCUGAUAGGGACGUUUUCAAGACCGCCGAGGAAGUACUAUGA